CCUUGGGACCUUUUACUAACUCAGCAACUCCACGCUAAUACAAUUGAGCCCGAGCUGGGUAUAAUAGUUUUGGGCCAGGGGCUGCACACUUGUCGCCGCCUCAGAGUGGGCUUCGGCCCUUGAACGCUACCGCUAUUAUACCAACGCGUGUCCCCUGGCCCAUGGAGGCGUUUGCACAGUAGUUGAAGUUGGCCCGAAGUGGCACCAGGACCCAUCCUUUAGCUAGUCAAUAGGAUAGCACAGCGCACGGCAGCGCGGCAGCAGCAAUGGAUAUUGCUCAGGUCGAUGAGAUUAUUGAGAGGCUUCUUGAUGUGCGGAAUGGCCGCCCGGGCAAGCAGGUGCAGCUGGCUGAGCAGGAGAUUCGCCUGCUUUGCUUGACGGCCAAGGAGAUCUUUAUGAGCCAGCCCAACCUGCUGGAGCUAGAGGCGCCCAUCAAAAUUUGCGGCGACAUCCACGGCCAGUACUCGGACCUUCUGCGGCUCUUUGAAUACGGUGGCUUUCCUCCGGAAGCUAACUACCUGUUCCUUGGGGACUAUGUGGACCGCGGCAAGCAGAGCCUGGAGACCAUCUGCUUGCUCCUCUCCUUCAAGAUUAAGUAUCCCGAAAACUUCUUCUUGUUGCGUGGAAACCACGAGUGCGCGUCUAUCAACCGCAUCUAUGGCUUCUAUGACGAGUGCAAGCGGAGAUACAACAUCCGCCUGUGGCGGACAUUCACGGAUUGCUUCAACUGCCUGCCCGUGGCUGCCCUCAUAGACGAGAAGAUUCUCUGCAUGCACGGUGGCCUGUCGCCUGAGCUCAAGUCGUUGGAGCAGAUUAAGCGCAUCACACGGCCAACGGAUGUGCCGGACUCCGGUCUGCUGUGCGACCUCCUGUGGGCUGACCCGGACAAGGACAUCCAGGGCUGGGGAGAGAACGAUCGCGGUGUCUCGUACACGUUCGGGCCAGACUGUGUCACGGAAUUCCUCCAAAAGCACGACCUCGACCUCGUGUGCCGUGCGCACCAGGUCGUGGAGGAGGGGUACGAGUUUUUCGCGAAGCGGCAGCUCGUGACCAUCUUCUCGGCGCCGAACUACUGCGGCGAGUUCGAGAACGCUGGCGCGAUGAUGAGCGUGGAUGAGACGCUGAUGUGCUCUUUCCAGAUCCUCAAGCCAGCUGAGGCGAAGCAAAAGGGGCGGCGCUAGUGCGCAGCUGGAGUGGGCGCAGGUUUUUGCGCAGCAGGCGCAUCGCUGCUGUGAGGCGCCGGGUGCAUGGCUGAUUUUCAGCUGGCGCUUGUUGGGGCGGCGCAGGUGGAGCCACAGCAGCGUCAGGAGCAUCGGCUGCCCUGCGCUUAUAAAGCACCUCAUCCAGCAUCAGCAUGGAGGCGUCCUUGCAGCUGGCGUACCGUAGCAGCUGGCGUGGACACCCCAUGCACCGCCUCUUUGUAGACCGAGGCAUCGGCCGAUAGUGGGAAAAGCUGUAGCAGCCGGCGUUAUGUUAACAAGACUUACCUGCGGGCUUGUAGCGGGCGCCUUAGCCUAGGAGUUGUGAUGACAAGGGCGCUUUGGCAGCAUCUGUGUUUGCUGGACCAACACUCGCGCCGCAGUGCGUGAUGGGUUACGGGUUGGUCUCGAGGAACUUGGCCUGGGAUUAUUAGCGUAGGACCUUUAGUGCAGUGGCAUGUGAGAGUUUGGGGGUGUUAGGGGCUAUCUGGGGUUGGGAGCGAACCUUGGAGCGUCGGUGCAGUGUGCUUGUACUGGCUCCCUACCCUUCUUAUGUGCCUGUGCAUGGCGCUUUACGCUUUUGGCAAUUGUGGGGUGGAGCUUGCAUUGAAAGGGUCAGGGUAACCUCACUACUAUGGUGUGCGUGUGCGGAGCGUGGAAAGCAGUCUGUCGGUUUGCUUUGCUCGGAAAUGGUGUACUGAAGGUUUUAUGGCGGACUUUGGGGUGGAACCGCUGACCACAGUAGGCGAGGUUUAUGACUUGUACGCCCGUGCUUGGAUGCACGGGAGUGGGUAGCUCAUGGCAGGGUAGCGUGCGGCUUAUGUUUGCGUGGCCGCUGUAUGCGGUCCCGCCACCGCGGGACUGAUGCCAGGAUUUUCGCCUGCUGCACGUGCGGAGGGCACUUGCGUCUAUCUGAUUGUGAUGGGGCCUGCAACCUCCGCUAAACUUCAGCUGGACGGCAAUCCCAGUUUUGCGGGGACUACUGUUGCGGUCGUCGUGGCAGUCAAUUAAGUCGCUGUUAGUCGACCCCUGUUGGAACCCGUUGGAGGGCACGGCUUGUGGCGGGUAUGUCUCAGGUCCGUGAACCUGGUAUGAGCACAACCGCGAGACAGUCUCCCUUCCCGUUGGGGAUAAACCCAAGCAGUGCAGGGUGUUUGGUGUUACAUGAAAGCUAUUGGUGAUCUUAGCUGGUCCACCAGUAUCCGUCGCAUGGAUGUGGGGCGCAAACGUGCAUUUCCAACGUCAACAACAUAGCUAAUGUGACAGCCUAGCC